AUGACUCAUUUGCAAGCUGGUCUCUCUCCUGAGACCUUGGAGAAAGCUCGCCUGGAACUCAAUGAGAACCCAGACACUCUGCACCAGGACAUCCAAGAAGUAAGGGACAUGGUCAUCACUAGGCCGGACAUUGGCUUUCUGCGCACAGAUGAUGCUUUCAUUCUACGGUUCUUGAGGGCCAGGAAAUUUCAUCACUUUGAAGCUUUCCGCCUCUUGGCCCAAUACUUUGAGUAUCGGCAGCAGAACCUGGAUAUGUUCAAAAGCUUCAAGGCCACUGACCCUGGCAUCAAGCAGGCACUGAAGGAUGGCUUUCCUGGGGGCCUGGCCAAUCUGGACCAUUAUGGGAGGAAGAUUCUAGUCCUUUUUGCUGCCAACUGGGAUCAGAGCAGGUACACACUGGUGGAUAUUUUGCGUGCCAUCUUACUUUCUUUAGAAGCCAUGAUUGAAGAUCCAGAGCUUCAAGUAAAUGGAUUUGUUUUGAUCAUAGACUGGAGUAACUUUACCUUUAAGCAAGCUUCUAAGCUUACACCAAGCAUGCUGCGGCUUGCAAUUGAAGGUCUACAGGACAGCUUCCCCGCAAGAUUUGGAGGAAUUCAUUUUGUCAAUCAACCUUGGUAUAUCCAUGCCUUGUACACUGUGAUACGCCCAUUUCUGAAAGAGAAGACUCGGAAAAGGAUAUUUUUACAUGGUAACAACCUGAACAGUCUACACCAACUAAUUCAUCCUGAGAUACUACCUUCUGAGUUUGGAGGAAUGCUGCCCCCAUAUGACAUGGGGACGUGGGCACGAACCCUGCUAGACCAUGAGUAUGAUGAUGACAGUGAGUACAACGUGGAUUCCUAUAGCAUGCCGGUGAAGGAAGUGGACAAGGAACUCUCCCCCAAAUCCAUGAAGAGAUCUCAGUCAGUAGUGGACCCUACAGUACUGAAACGCAAGGAUAAAAGUGAAGAAGAAAACAUGCAGCCUUUACUUUCUCUGGAUUGA